AUGUCAAUCCUUCACACAGCUGAACCAAAUGACGGCGGUGACACGUUGCUGUCUGAUGCUGUACACAACCCAGCCCUCACCUCCAGUGUAUCAGACGAUUCUGAACCAGACGAGACAGACGUCGGCUACGAGAACCCUGGCAAAAUGACAACGAGUCUGCAGCCAGACCCUGAGAUGCAGUAUGAUUAUGCCGCUGUGAGCAGACCUGCAGUAGAGUUGGUCGUAAAUUCUGGGAACAAGAAUGAGGGUUAUGUUAAUAGUACAAUGACGAGUAAGAUCGUGGCAAAAGACAAGCCAGAACCAGAACAGACUAACCGUCAAACGGUCCACCCUGAUGAUGAUGAUAAACGUCUUGACGAUACUUCAGGGCAAUCAUCAAAUUACGUGUAUGAUUACGCUGCCAUUGAUAACUUACCCGUGGGUAAAGGUCUCAGUCUGGGGUCUCACAACAAAUCCCCACCAAAUCAAAGCAACCGUGAACCCCCGAUGGUGCACCCCGCCCCACCUGCUACUGACCCAGGUAGACCCGAUUCUAAAUACGAUGAUGUUGCUGUUGGAAAUAAUUCUGAUCAGCUCGUUGUUGAUGUUGAGCAAGAUCGGGCUUAUGUGAACCAAAAGGUCUUUGCAAAGCGUCGUUUGGGUGAAGAUAAACAAGCUCCAAAACGGAGCGAUGCUGGGACGGAAUGUUCACCAUCUGACCGGAGCCAGCAGCCUGUGCGUGCGUUCAUAACUGCCAGAGAUCCCCCAGUCCCUACCGAUGAUGCCUACGCCUAUGCAGAGAUCCCGUCUAUAGUUACCAACCCUAGUCCUCGUGACUCCCCACCAGCGUGUUAUGAGAGCAUAGCACCGGGACAAAGCCCGCUGAGUGACGGGGGCUAUCAGGCUUUGAAUCCGGCCGGGCUAGAGGGAGAAAACAAGUAUACACCCCUGAUUCUUGAAAAAUGAAUGAAUCAUGAUUAAACGAUUCCUUGACAUUUGAGGCUGAGGGUUGGUAACGAUCCUGGGG